AUCAAUUUUCUGAUGCUUCUAUCCACUUUCAAACGACAUCUACCAAUCAGGCGUCUCUUCUCAUCAAAUAAAUUUGAUCUGAUUGUAAUUGGAGCAGGAUCUGGAGGACUUUCUUGUUCUAAAAGAGCAGCUGAUCUUGGAGCAAACGUGGCAUUAAUUGAUGCAGUUGAGCCAACUCCACAUGGACAUUCAUGGGGAAUCGGAGGAACUUGUGCAAAUGUCGGAUGCAUUCCUAAAAAGUUAAUGCACCAAGCAGCAAUCGUCGGGAAAGAGCUAAAACACGCAGACAAAUAUGGCUGGAAUGGCAUAGAUCAAGAGAAAAUCAAACAUGAUUGGAAUGUGUUGUCAAAGAAUGUGAAUGAUCGAGUAAAAGCAAACAAUUGGAUUUAUAGAGUUCAAUUAAAUCAGAAAAAAAUCAAUUACUUCAAUGCCUAUGCCGAGUUUGUGGAUAAAGACAAGAUUGUGAUAACUGGUACAGACAAAAAUAAAACCAAGAAUUUUCUUUCCGCACCGAAUGUAGUCAUCUCAACAGGACUCCGUCCCAAAUAUCCAAAUAUUCCUGGUGCUGAACUUGGAAUCACUUCAGACGAUCUUUUUACACUGGCAUCAGUUCCCGGAAAAACUUUGAUUGUUGGUGGAGGAUAUGUUGCAUUGGAAUGUGCUGGAUUUCUUUCUGCAUUCAAUCAAAAUGUUGAAGUUCUUGUGAGAUCAAUUCCUUUGAAGGGUUUUGAUAGAGAUUGUGUGCAUUUUGUCAUGGAGCAUCUGAAAACAACUGGAGUGAAAGUUAAGGAACACGUGGAAGUAGAACGUGUAGAAGCAGUUGGCAGUAAGAAGAAGGUUACAUUCACUGGAAAUGGUGGUGUUGAAGAAUAUGAUACAGUUAUUUGGGCGGCUGGUAGAGUUCCAAAUUUGAAAAGUUUGAAUUUGGAUAAUGCUGGAGUGAGGACUGAUAAGAGAUCUGGGAAGAUUCUAGCAGAUGAAUUUGAUAGAGCUUCCUGUAAUGGUGUAUAUGCCGUUGGAGAUAUUGUUCAGGAUCGCCAAGAGCUCACGCCACUUGCUAUUCAAUCCGGAAAACUUCUAGCUGAUCGUCUUUUUUCAAAUUCCAAACAAAUAGUUCGAUUCGAUGGAGUUGCCACUACAGUAUUCACGCCUCUUGAACUCUCAACCGUCGGGUUAACUGAGGAAGAAGCCAUUCAGAAACAUGGAGAAGAUUCGAUCGAAGUGUUUCAUUCUCAUUUUACUCCGUUUGAGUAUGUUGUGCCACAGAAUAAGGAUAGCGGUUUUUGUUAUGUGAAAGCCGUGUGUACAAGAGAUGAAUCGCAGAAAAUUCUUGGUCUUCAUUUUGUUGGACCAAAUGCCGCAGAAGUAAUUCAAGGCUACGCAGUAGCAUUCCGUGUUGGAAUUUCAAUGUCUGAUCUUCAAAACACAAUUGCCAUUCAUCCAUGUUCUUCUGAAGAGUUCGUGAAGCUUCACAUUACAAAACGAUCUGGACAAGACCCAAGAACUCAGGGAUGCUGUGGAUAAUUCAAAAAGUUUAUUGACAAAUCAUUCAGUUUAUUUAUCAAAGUUAAUUUACAUCCUAUUAUCCUGGAUACUAGUAAUUAUAAUUAAACAUAAUAAAUAGUACAAA